UUGCUUUUCUGCAACAACGGCGUACUGCCGACGUUGUCUCACGCGUACGUACGACGGUCGCAAGAAAACGCCAAGUUGUCGCACGGCCUGUGCGCAGAGUGUCUGCGACGAGCGGGUCGCGCGCGGCCGACAUUCGCGCGCGACCUCGAACCAUGUCCUGAAAGGGUCAUGGAGACGAUCUCCGAGGAUGCCGAAGCUGAAUUGGAACUUGGUAAAUAUGCUUAUUUUAAAAACUUGACUUAUAUAUCGGAUAGAACUAAAAUAAAAAUCAUGUCUGAUUUAAGCAGUGUACUGGAUUUAGACAUCUAA